CAAUAGUUAACUAAUCUACAGAGUGAGAUUUGUUUACAGACGUGCAAGAAGAUCUAAUCGGAAUCCAUGGCGGCCUUCUUCGGCGGCGAUCCUUUCCGGCGCUUCUUCUGGAGCCCCACCGUCUACCACCGCGCUCCUCCUGGCUCCGCUGCUCUCCUCGAUUGGAUCGAAUCCCCCGCCGCGCACAUCUUCAAAAUCAAUGUUCCCGGGUACAGCAGGGAAGAGAUCAAGGUACAGGUGGAAGACCGGAACGUGUUGGUGGUGAGGGCGGAAGGCGGGAGAAAUGAAUCUCCGGAAAAGGAGAAGGGGGUGGUUUGGCACGUGGCGGAACGCGGUGGAGGAAAGGGAGGUUUUUCCCGGGAAAUAGAGCUGCCGGAGGGGGUGAAGGCGGAGCAAAUCAAGGCCCAGGUGGAGAACGGCGUGCUCACGGUGGUUGUCCCGAAGGAGACGACGGCGAGGCAGCCUAAAGUCAGGAACAUCAAUAUCACUAGCAAGCUCUAGUGCUUCUGCGCCUUCAUCUUAGAAUUUUAUCCAUCUUAAAAUUGUAUUCAAAAUGUUUAUGCUAAUGGAAAAUACUAUUUCCCUUCUUUCCUUUGAAUUUGAAGUCUUGUGUGUGUAAAAAAAACAUACUCCCUCUCCCUUUCAUACAAUCUCUUCAUAUUUUUUGUUUGUUUGUAUAAUAUUAUUGAUAUAUUUUUGAAUGAUGAAAUUUAUAAUUUUAUUUUUAUACCUUAUUUUAUUGAAAAUUUAUCUAAAUAAUACUAUAACAUAAUG